AUGAGUCACAGCACGGGCGCCGGAAGCAGCCAGGCUGCCUCCGCGAAAACGCACCAGAGCUCAAAUGUGGGGUUCUCAAUGCGGAGUGCGUCCAUCGCCUCCGACUCUGUCCCCUCUGAGCCUGGCCGCUGUGAGGCGCCGCCUGGGGUAGUCGCCGGCACAGGGACGAUCUUCUGCGAGAAGACCUGUAAAGUCAAAAUCGACAACGAGACUGUUUGGCAAGUCCCAACCCGACUCAAGUUUGUCAAAAAGGUGGGUAGUGGCGCCUAUGGCUGCGUGGCGUCGUUUGAGGACACAAGCACGUCGGUUUCAGACGACACAACAACUGGAGACGGCGAGAAGUCUCGACGCGAACCGAGCUCGGAGGGUGCGGGUGGAGACAGCGGGACAAACAAGCGCGUGGCCGUGAAGAAAAUUGGCGACUUGUUCCGGGAUUUGAUCGACGCCAAGCGCAUCUACAGAGAGAUCAAGAUUCUGAAGGAACUGAAACACGAAAACAUCAUCAACCUUGUCGAAAUUCUUGAUCCUCUGACGCCAGAUUUCGACGAUAUCUACCUCGUCUCGGACCUCAUGGACACAGACUUGCACCGCGUGAUCUACUCUCGCCAGCCCCUGACGGCUGAGCAUCACCAGUACUUUCUCUACCAGCUUCUCUUGGGGCUCUCUUUCCUCCACCAGGCAGACAUCAUUCACAGAGACCUCAAGCCCUCGAACAUUCUUGUCAACCUCAACUGCGACAUUAAAAUCUGCGACUUCGGCUUGGCUCGAGGGCUCAACAUGAAUCCCUCGCCUUCCCAAAACCUCUUCCCAGGUCCGCCAGCUAGCCAGCUGUCCGGUCCUGCCUGCAUGGCUUCUCAGUCGAGCGUCGUGUGUACGUACAGCGAAGCCUGCACAGGUGCAGGGAAAUGGGGAGACCAAAAGAUCGCAGCGGCCGCCGGCGCAGGCUCGACUGCGGCCACCAGGCUCGUCCGCCUUGCCCACCAGCAGGGAUCGGGUCUGUCUGAACAGCUUCCGGAGAUGCCUGCAAAAACGGAGGAGCCUAACGACGACAUGGAACUGACGGACUAUGUGGUAACGCGCUGGUACCGUCCCCCCGAGAUCCUCAUCUCCCCUUUCUGUUAUUCCAAACCUGUCGACCUCUGGUCCGUCGGCUGCAUUUUCGCAGAGCUCCUCGGCCGACGUGCCCUGUUUGCCGGGAAGGAUCACUUUGACCAACUGCGGCGGAUUGUGCGCAUCUUGGGGCGUCCGAGCACCGCCGAGAUCAACAAAGUCGCCACUGAGGGACGCGGACGUCACUUCAACAACACCGGGAAGGGAACUUCCAACGCGAAGAGGAAGCGCUCCGAGGCAGCGCGUCGAUUUAUCGAAAGUCUCCCGAACAACGACCCGUACAAACUGGAGGACUUGUUUCCAGAUGCGUCGAAGGCUGCACUCGAUCUCCUCUCGGGUCUCUUGGCUUUCGAUCCAGCAAAGCGCAUUACCGUCCAAGAGGCACUCCGCCACGAGUAUUUCGAAGGACUGCACUCCGUCGAGGAUGAACCGCACGUCACAACGCCCGUGGACUGGUCGUUCGACAACUUCGUCCCGACAAAGCGACUUCUCCAGAACAAAGUUUACCAGGAGAUUAUCUCGUACCAUCCCGAGAUCGUCCUCCGCGAUUUCCAUCUGCUGCCGUCUCGCGGUGUCCACAUCUCGCCCAGCUCGUUGCCGUCGUGCAUUCGUCAGCCCCUCGCGAUCCUCCAGCAGCAGCACUUGGCGGCUUCGCUCUCGACCGGUUCUCGGACAGUCAGUCGGGGCUCUGGAAGUCUCCCCACGGUCGCGCGAGCUGGCGCAGUGCUGCGGAAUCCGCUCGGCGGGCUCUCAACUUCCUCGCCUUCCACAGGCGCACUGGCCGUUCCCGCGGCGAUGGGCCAUCCAGGGUCCGCGGGGCUGUUCCUCGGCGAGGAUCGCUCCCUCAGUGCAGCCUCCACAGCCCCUCCAGACGACCAGAGCGAAGCGCUCGGCCUCGAGGUUUGCGGCCCGAUGGCGAGAGCCGCGAGUGCGCCCACCGUGGCUGUGGCGGGUCAGUUGGCCGGGAGCGGCAAGGGAGGCUACUCAGGGUGCACGUUGAAGGACAGCGGUUGCGGCGCAGGAAGUGGAUCAGCUAGACGCGCGGCGGCCAGCUGCGAUCACGCGACUUCGGGGUCUUUCGGAGAGAUGACCCCUGCGGAUGCGUCGCAUUCGCUCUCGACGUUUUCCAGUUCGGUGUCGCCCUAUCCCCAAGUCUGUUCGGUCCAGUCUCUCCCGCUCACCUCGUCUCUCCAAGGCGGACUGUCCUUUGCGUCGCCAGCCUCUUCGCACUUGGGUGUCCCGCCCGGGUCCUCGGUGGUCUCUUCUGGGUCUGGCGGCUCGGCGCGCGCGCUGGUGUCGGACGCGGGCGGAAACGCGGGUGCACUUCCCGUCGUCUCCAGUCCCCAGCGGGUGUGUUCGGCCUCGUACUCGGCUUCCUUUGGCACGUCGACUGCGUCUUUCGCCUCCCUCCCGGGUGUGCUCACCUCGUCCACGUCCUCUGCGCCCUUCGCCAGGAAAGGCGGAGACCUCGGGAGAGAGACGAGUGGACAGCAGAUCGGCAGCGGGCCUCUCUCGGGCCGCCACGCGACGACGCCAGAGACCGCAUCCGUAGAGGCAACUCUGCCUGGACCUGCGGGGCCUUCCUCUUCGCGCGGCCGGAGCGACAUCGGGGCGUCUCCUCGUCUCCCGCUGGCGCAGUCUGCCCAUCCGUACAUUCACAAGUUCCUCGCUCAUCAGAGGGACGUGUCGUCGAGGCGGUCUUCCGCCCUCGUUUGUCGGGCUUCCCAGCAGCCGCUGCAGCACACGAGCUUCCGGGAGCGAGGCUGCUCCUCCGCGUUUUCCGAGGUCUCCGGCCGAAGCUCCUCCCUCCCGUUGACGACCGCGGAACUUCUGGCUGCCGCCCAGGCCUGUGGGGGCUGCAGCGCGUCCGGCGAAGGCCUGUCCUCCUGUCUCCAUCCGGCCUUCUCCGUCUCCGACCAAGCCCAGAGCUGCGCGGUUUCGUCUUCUCUCUUGGGUCUCUUGCCCAACCCAGGCGAGAAAGGGGGAGACGUGGGACUGGCAACAGACCUCGCUUUCCUCCGCAGCAGCAUUCCCUUUGGAGGCCGGUCGGCGAGUUGCGUCGAAGGCUUCGACGGGGGCUCUUCGGGGUUUUUGGCGGACACAAGCGUGGCUCUGAGUCCGGGGGAUAACGCAUGCGUUGCCGUCGCGGCGGCUGCCCUGAAUCCGUUUCCACAAAACGACGACAGACCUGGCGCGCCUCUCUCUUGCGCAUCGCUGCUCGCACGCACGACAGCGCAAGGUCGGGGAUGCAUCCGGAGUGGUGUGGAGAGUACGGGGACCGGCAGUGCCUUUUCUGCUUCCCUCGAAGGCGAGACGGGUUCGAGGGCGGCGACAUCCGGACGCGAAGGAGGCAACGGGACGAACUCUGCACAUGGGAGUCGCACGACGACGCGGUCGUCGGCCUGCACUGACGAAGGCGCGUUCUUCCUCGGGGCGACCGGGGACUCUUGCCAGGCCCAGUCGCUCCCCGGGACGUCGAGCGCGGCUCUUCUUCAGCAGUACCAAAAGGAGCUGCAGCAGCGCCAGUUUGCCGUUCACCACACGCAACUCGCACAGCACAAGAGACACCAGGAUGGAGGUUUCGGAGGGGAGUCCGGAGAGGCAGUGCUCAACGCGUCAGAGAACCCUAUGGGCAUGUCCGUGGGCCUUUCGUUCGCCACUCCCGGCGGCGACCGGGGCGCCGAGACGGCGAUGGACAUCGAUGUCUGUCGGGGGACCGACGCCGCGCGCCCCCCUCCCCGGGUCACCUACAGCCUCUCGGAGCAACAGUUGCUGCUCCUCCGGCAACAGCAGCUGCAAGUCCAGCAGCAGCUGUAG